AGGAAAUUCCCCGAGGAUCUGUUGCGCGUCGGUUGUGAUAGUGGCGUCUGUCUCCUCUCUCCUCACAAUGUCACAAGUGUGAAGUGUUAAGAUGGACACUGGGUUAUUAUCCCUGAAGUGGAACAAUCAUGGAACCACUUUCUUCCAUGUAUUGUCAACCAUUAGAAGAAAGUCUUGUCUUCACACAGGAGUCAUACUGUGAUGUGACGCUGGCCUGUGAGGGGAAGUUCUACCCCGUGCACAAGCUGGUGCUUUCCACGUGUAGUGAAUACUUUGAGGAAAUAUUUAAUAGAACUCAGUGCAAGCAUCCUGUGAUAGUGUUAAAAGAUGUGAAACAUGAGGAGUUGGAGGCUCUUCUCAAUUAUAUGUACUUAGGGGAGGUGAAUGUGCUGCAGGCGGACUUAGCCGGACUAAUAAAGGCAGCCGAGUGUCUCAAGAUCAAGGGCUUAGCAGUGCCCGAUGAAGCUCCCACAUCCAGAAGUGCCAAUAAGGAGAAGCGGAGUGCUAUUAUUAGAGACGGUAGUCCACCCCAGUCUAAGCGGGCGAGACAGGAGGAUGGAUCCUCUUUGCAUAACCAAAGCUUUGAGGAUACUAGAACUGCUAGAGAACCUUCGUCCAGAGAGACGAGGGAAUCCACACGUACAAAUGUAACUCGACCUUCCUCUCAGGCUUCUGAAGAGGGUUUUUCCAACACUGUUUUCUCCCAAUCCGGUCCUAGUCAAGAGAGCACAAGAGAAAAGAAAGACACCAGAGAUCGCCCCUCUGAUGCAGAGAGAGAGAGAGGAGAUAGACAAAAAGACAUGCCACCCACUUUGUCCCCUAGUCAAACCAUAGAGGUACUUGUUCAUGAUGAAACUAUAGUCAAGACAGAAGUGUUGGAGGAGCCUAAAGAAGAGGAGGAGAACUCUGACAUGAUGAACUCAGACAGUAGUAUAGUGUACAACCCACUUACACCAGGUUUGCAAGGUGAUGGGGUUUCUGAAGGUCCUCAGGGCUUUGAGCCUCAGGUCUUGACGUCACAGCCACAAACCAUGGAGGAGCUUGUCGCGCAAGCCAUGCCUGGAACUUCUGGUAUACAGGGAGACUCCAUGGUGGGGUGGGGUGGAGGGCAGGCAGGUGGUGGAGACCUCUCCAGGUUCUCUCUGGAAGCCUUUCAACUAGAAGAUUCACAAAGUGGGUCUCAGGGCUCAACGCAGCAACAGCUGGGUGGUGGAGGCAAGGCAGCGGUGUGGGCCAGAGCACUGGCUGGCCAUUCCCUUGGGGCCAGUCACCAGUGCACCUUCUGCCCAAAGCGAUUCUUCCUGCGAUCUGACUUGACCCGGCACCUGCGAACACACACUGGCGAGAAGCCCUUCAAGUGUCCCUACUGUGAGCACAGCACAGCCAUCAAGUACAACCUCAAGAAACAUCUCAUCAGCCGUCAUAAUGUCGUUGAACAAGGCAUUAAUAUGGAGGCUGUUCAAGGACGGCAACAGUCAAAUGAAGCAUCAACAUCUGGCACUAGUGGACAGAGUUUCUCUUGGGGCAGUGCUACAGUUCCAACAUUGCCUGCUGUUCUCUCUCUGUUGCAACGAGAACAUAUGUUAGCAUCCACACAAGGGAGAAGUUCAGCAAAUGAAGCAACAGACAACAUUACAUCAUUGUCUUGGAGCAAUACAAAAUUUUCUCAUACUCCCGGUUUUCAACAGCAGCUCAAGGAAUCAGGAAAUAUGCAAGGAAUCACAUCCAGCACCUGCUCCUCAAUUGACACUUCUGACAAUGUUACUUCUCAGCCAUGGAGCAACACUCAGACUCCUCAGCUGCCUACAUAUAAUCCACCACAAGAGCAACAGGACAACUUGCCGGGAUCCAGUGUGUGUACAUCACAAGACACAACCAAUAAUGUGUCAGUUCAAAACUGGAACCCCACAGGAGAUCUAGACCUUCCUGUAUUUCAUCCUCUGGCAGAAUGUGAUAAUCUUCCUGCUUCUUCAUCUGAUAGAUGCUUGUCAAGUGGCACAAAUGAGAAUAAUACAGCACCUCAGGCAUGGAGCAGCACUGCAGCUCCUCCACAUCUCCCUACAAUACAUUCCUCACAGAAUUUGGAAAAUUUAACGGGAGUUGCAUCCAGUACAUGUCCUUCAAAUGACACAGUCGACAGUGGAACAUCACAUUCCUCUACCAGUGACACUGAGUAGAAGGGGAACAAAAAUCUACCGUAUGGGCAAAGGAUGGUUAUUUACCGGGGAUGGGUAGAGGACUGCCGUCGGGGUUGUCACCAGCUGUGCCACCAGGACCACCAGCAGGAGGACCUCACACUUGCCACUUUUGUUUUCGGCCAUUCUUCU